GACUUGUACAAGCUCGGCUUGUGCUUGUUUGUGGAGUCAGUGCUUCUGGGCCGCGAGGCCAACGCGCUGAUCACGCCUCACAUACUUAGAUAUGUGGAAGACCUCGAGUUCUUCUUCCGGAUUCCUUGGGGGAAGCACUCAUUCGCCGGUACUCAUGCACUCGCUUCAGAAAGACAUGUUGAAACAGAAGGCCAACUACGAGAAGAAGCUGAGUUCGGAUGUUCAGCACGAGUGCAAAUACACAACAUAUGGCUUCGCACCUGCAGUCCAAUAUUGGGCGUACGAGGCCAUUUUGGAGGUUGGCAAGAGGUAUGGCACGAACCACGGGAUUCGGUUCCCCAGGAUGCUUAGCUGGACGAGCAAAGGCGAUAUGGGGAAGAAAGACAUCAGCGCAUUAUUUUCUAGACGGAAUCUGGAAGUGGUGAAGGGGCUACUUCCACGGACAGAGGAGGAGGCAUUUGUGAGGACAAUUUCUUACGAUGGUGUGGAGAACCCGGUUGAUGAUGUUACUCAGGUCCCAGACACUCAGGAAAGAGACACUCAGGCCACUGGUUCAGAACCUCAGCCCAGUGCACCAUCUUCAUCAGGCGUUCGGGGUGCCGAGUACACUGAUUUAGUGGCUCGGUUGGAUAGGAUCGAGGCUGACACUCAGGGUCUGUAUGCUGCUCAGGCCGAGCUGAAGAAGGCAUACGAGACCAGCCAUGUAGAGCUGAAGGGUGGUCAGAACGUAAUUAUGGAGCAGCUCAGACACAUAUUGGCCAUGUUGAAUCGUCCGCCAACGACAGCUUCGACACGGAGGCCCCAGCAGAUCCAUCUACCCCACCACCACCGCUUCACCCCCACAUAUAGAUGCAGCAAUGCAUAUGCUGAGGAGGCGACGCACCGACUAUCCACUGACAUUUCCUCAGAAGGGUAUCAUUCUCUCCACAUUCGUGACCGCCAUGAUCAGCAGUGCAUAGACGAGCCACAAGGGUCCGAGGAAAAACUUUAA